UGUUUAAAUGUUGAAUUCUGCUUAAGCCAGCGCUAGGGGGCGUGGACAGUAUAUUGCACUUUCCAGUACCGUCCAUGAACAGGCGCAAUCAAACCGAGCCUGCAACAUUUUACAAUUUUACCAUUUUGGGCUUUCUUUAAGGAUUCUGUAUUUCUCUAUUUUAUAUUGUCUUUUAUGUCUGGUGGUAUUUAAUAUGGUUGUAUACAACAGGAAGUAGUUUAAUUCAGUCAGAGUCACUAACGAUUGUUUCCUUGUAUACUCAUGUAAGUAAAUAUUGGUACAUUCGUAGGUCUGUAAUUCUGUACAAUUUAAUGGGCAGCAUUUUGUUAAAAAUCAUAUCUUUUAUACAUGUAAGAAAUGAUCCAGAAUUGAAUUUAUUGUUUAAAAUUUUAAACAAUAAUUUUGUCAAGUAAGGGCAGCCUAUAUAUAGCUUUAUACAGUUUAACCUUUCUUCAAAAAAUAUUUGAUAAAACUUGCAACAAUGAAUGAUUAUGCUAUUUUAUGAAUAUAUGAGGAUGGAUGAUGAACAUUUGACCCAGGCAUCUAGAUAUGUUUUGUGUCAUUAUCAUAAAUGUAUUAUUUAUUUCUAUAAAGUUCCGGCACAGGAUGAAAAGGGAGAUAAAAAGUGGAAAGAUGAAGACUUAGAACUUAUAAAUAAAUGGGCAUAUGAAGGGGAGAGAAUUCUGCAUGGAACACCAUCUGGGAUAGACAACUCUGUAGCAACAUUUGGAGGUGCAAUUAAAUUUCAAGCUGGGAAGAUUACUAAACUUAACAAUUUUCCAAGACUGAAAAUUCUGCUGUCAAGUACAAAUGUGCCAAGAAGUACAAAAGUUUUGGUGGGUAAUGUUCGGGAAAGGUGUAACAGGGUACCAGAUGUAAUGCAGCAUGUUAUGGAUGCUACAGAAGCUGUCACACAUCAAUGUGAGAAAAUACUAGAAACCAUGGCAACAGAUUCUCAAAAUGAAAUAACCAGUCUAUACACCAAUUUGGAGACUGCAUUUCCAAAUGUUAACAGGAGCAGGUGGUGGGGUUGUGCAUUUUUACUCUUCUCUUUAGACCAACAAACAAAACCUGGUAAGAAUGAUGUGAUAAAGGAAUUAGAAAUGGGAAGGAUUUAA